CCAAAUACAAAAUUCCAACCUCUAACAUUUCUCAUCGUGAUUGAUUUAGUUUAACUUUUCUUUUUCGUAGUUAUUGUGAAAAAAGUUUGAAAAUCGUCUCUGAAGAUCCUUAGUUAAUUUGCCUGCAUUACGUGCCUAAGUAUCCUCAACGUCAAAAAAUAUUUCUUCCAGUAUUGCCACCAAUUGCCUCUAAUGAUCGAUGAGGAUGUUGCUGCCUCCUUUCUUCCAAAGAUAGAUAGCCCGCCUUUUCUUUACGUCAAUUAAAAACUGGUAGCUUUUUCUAACUUUUUGGCCAAUUUCAGGUUUUCCUAAAAAUGACAAUAAUCGUUAAAACAGAUGAAAAGCUGAAUGAUUUUUCAAUCAUCGAAGUUCAAGGAGAUCUGGAAUCUAGAACUGGUGGUUCUUUAUUCAGUCAGUUUGUCGGUGAUCUCCACUUCAGUAAAGAUAAAAACAAUACACCUAUUUUGAUAAUUGGUCACCACAUCCUGCAUGGGAAAAGUGUCAAACUGCAGAAACCAUUUGCCAUCAUGAAGAAGGUCCGGAAAGUGAAGUCAAAUGCUGAAGACGAAUAUGAGACUGAGUAUAUAGUUGAAGCAAUUAUUAAAAAGAAACUACUGUUUAAUGUAAGACCCAAGCCCAUCAUCGCAAACGUCCCAAAAAAUGUGUGAUAAGGUGCACUUUUUGUCGUUUUGGAUUGAUAUGAUAACGAACGAAGUGCCCCCUAAUAAUGUUUCCCUUAACAUUGCAUAUGAGAGAGAAUUUUUUUCUGGAAUCUUGUGUUGUAUAAAACAAUGCUAAGUUUAGUUCAAAAUGCUGCUCUAAAAUCUGAUGAGCUAAAAAAUUGAGAUUGUAUAUUAUCAGUUUCAUAGUGAUAUUGUGUUAUCUAUGUGUAUAUUUUUUCAUUGAUUGUUUUGUUUAAACCUUUUGUACUCUCACAAUUAAACGUUUUUACCUCAGUAUGAAU